GAGCUACUGGCACCUGUUAGCAAUACCGUUGUGAAAAUAGAUUCGCUGCAGCAACUGAAAAUUUCCAAGACGUUCGUCCAUCCCAUUGCAAAACCAGCCCAUUAAUGACUUCCGAGACCAGCAAUACGAACAGCGACGGGGCAAUGGCAAUGGCAAUGGCAGACGAGACGGUUGAUUCUUCUGGAAACGGCACGUCCGAAAGUGUAGCGUCAAACGACGGGACGGUAGGACAGCGAUUGCCUGCUUUCGGUGUCGAUGAUCGCCCGAUCCUCUGUAUCCUCGAAGAGGAACAAACGUACGCAUCAGCAACAAUGAAAUCUGUCGCCACGAAGAAAAGACAGCGAUGCCGAAUGUUCCGUGUGGUCCGGUCAAGGGGAAAGGCGAUGGCGUCGGGCGGAUUUGGCGUCACGGUGGUUUCCGGUUUGUCGGGGAACGAACAAGGGGAGGACGGGGAGGACGACGAUGACGACGAUGACAAUGGAUCCGAAAAGCAAGGAGCAAUGGUUGUUCCAAGUGAUGAAGUGACCGAAAAAACGAAAACAAAUACCACCAACACCACGGUGAGAUCCGCAGAAUACUUGUUCAUAGAGGAAGUGCUGUUUCUUCACGAAAAGGGGCUUCUCGGAGCACUACUUCCAUCGUCCUUACUGGCAAGCGAAGAAGAAGGCGGAGGAACGGCCGAUGCCAAUACCAAUGGCAUUUCUGGCGCAACCCCACUCACUACAUCUCAGCUCUACCAGUUGCUACCGUCGAUGGGAAUCAGCCUUUCGGUGUACCGGGUUUAUUCGCACCUUCGGUCCCAAGAUUUUCGGGUGCUUAGGCACGACCCCGAUCGCUACGAUAUAUUGUGCCAGCAGCAGCAAGACCAAGAAGAGCGGAGGAAGCGGCAGAUCGAGAGGCAGAAACAACAACAAGUACAGCAAGAGAAGACAAGUGGAGACAGCGAUCCGUUGCCGCCGCUCAGGAAUCCCCGCAGGCAGUCGCUCCGCCUCCGCCGGAGAAUUCGGGAAUCCAUCCAGAACGCCCCGCCCCCAGCAAUCCCGGACCCCAACGGCAGCGGCAGCGGCGCAUUGGCCCUCUGCUGGGACGCCUACACGCCCAACUCGAACUUUGGAAAGACACACCCGGGGCUCCCCGAUUUUUACGUUACGGCGACCUAUUUCAACGUGCCCACGGUUCGAUUUUCCGACCUCAAGGCCCUGGUGCGGGACAAGUGCAACGGAAUCCCGCUCAAGGUGGCGACCGUGUCGGACUCGGGAACGUGAGUGUGUGCUAAUCUUUUCGCUUGUUUUUUUCGGUGGGGUGCGGGGUGCUGCGACAUUUUAUUCGCCUGAUGCGUACCAGACAUACGCGUAUUUGUAUGGCAAUCAAUUGUGGCCUGUAUUGCGAUGUGUAUUUGUUUCAACCAUUUUAAGCUUUGCGCCUUCUUGCUGACACUCUUUGGUUGUAUUCUUUCUUCCGUCGCAAUGAGACCACCAGAGUCGUCAUGUUUGGCGUAACAGAUUACGGAAUUCCACCUCUAGAGAAGAAGAGUACCAGCUCAAAAUAAAAAAACUGGUGAAGAAAUCGAAUGUGCUUUA